CUCCCUCUUUUCCUCUAUUUCUGCCAGAGAAAAGAAAGAAAUCACACCUCCCAUCCAUCUCAGGGCGGCGGCGUGCGCGAGUUCGUCUCCUGCGGCUUUCCCCAUGGCGGAGUACGACGAGCAGGGCAUGGCCAUCGCGGCCGCCGAGAUACUUCUCAGCCUCCGGAGCAGGAAGCUGGCGCGGUGGCCGGACUGGGUUCCGCGCCCGUCCAGCGACCCCGCCGCGGAUCUCCAGCGGCCGGAGGAGGCGGAGGACGAGCUGCCGCCGAUUCCGGAGGGAUGGCCGAAGCGGCCGCGGUUGCCGCCCCGUGCGGUGGCGAAAGGAACCGCGUGGCUGCUGUCAUGGGAGAGUCCCUUUGCGCGGCUGGGGGAGCAUCUUGUCGCCAGAUCCGGUGCGUGCUCCAGCGGGGACGAGAGGGCGCGGUCGCACCCGCGCGUCACGAAGGUGAAGCGCGAACCUUUGGCGGCGCGGAGGCCGGAGACACCGCCGUACUACGUCUCGGCCGCCGGAUCCGGCCCUUCCACCAGCGGCAUGGACAGGGCGCGGUCGCGGCGGCGGCAGCGCGUGAGCGAGAAGGCGCAGGCGACGGCGGCCGCGUGGACUGACGCCGCCAUGGCGGCAUCGAGCCCGGAGACGCCCUUCGACUACGCCAACGCCGCUGGAUCAGGGGCGUCCUCGAGCGGGGACGAGGUGGCGCGGUCGACGGCGAAGCGCAAGGCGCAGGGGUCGGGCGGAUCCGGAGUUCCUUCUAGCGGCGACGAGGGGUGCAGCUCGCCGGCGAAGCGCGCGCGGGCGGACAUCUCCAUCGCCGUCGCCGUCCAACCCAAGGCAGGCGCGGUUAAACUUGAGGAUCAAAAGAUCGAGAACAAUUACCGGGACGAGAAGGGCCACUUGAUGUUUGACCUCAACGAAGAUCCAAGCAUGGCGGAGGAAUGGUGACUGGUGAGAGGCGAGGAGGACCCGGAGAGGAUUUUGCUAACUAGUUGGUGUGCUUGGGGCGAAUCAACCCAGCUGCUCAUGUGUACAUAAAAGGCAAAGCCAGUAGAAGAAGAGCCGGUGAGGGUGUGUUAAGCUGAGAUCGGAGCUUAGAGGGUAUACUCAUCAUUAGAUUUAUAUCAGGGUUAACUUAGUCUGCUCUCUUCUGUUGGACGUACUGCAUGCGCCGGUGCGCUUCUGGCUCGCUUUGCUCAAUGCCGUGUACUGCAGUCCCUGCUAUUUUCAUCUUUGUUUGUCCUGUUUAUUAUCCGAAUCAACUGAUACGGUGCAUGAAUUGAAACAAUAAUAUAUACUUCAUUAGGUAUUUUCUUC